AUGGGUUUCGGCAGUACAUGGAGGGCAUGGGUAAAGGAGUGUAUAAGGUCGGUAUCCAUCUCUAUUCAAGUUAAUGGAUCCCCUUCAAAAGCAUUUAAAAUGGAGAGGGGACUUCGUCAAGGUGACCCGUUAUCGUCAUUCCUGUUUGUCUUGGUAGUGGAUGUGCUCAACAGAAUGAUCGGCGAGGCAGUGAGGAACGAUGACAGAAUAUUAUUCUGCCCGCUAGAAGAGGGGAUAGUGAGGAGUUAUAAGAGACUUCUGAGGUGUUUCGAGGUUAUGUCGGGACUGAGCAUUAACUUUGAGAAGUCUAGCUUGAUACCAGUGAAUUGCAGUCAGGAGUGGACCAAGAAGGUGGAAGAGAAGCUCAGCCUAUGGAAAGCGAAGGUGCUAAGUAAGGCUAGAAAGCUGGUACUCAUUAAGUCUGUCAUAAACAGCCUACCAGUGUACUACUUGAGCCUGUAUAAGAUGCCGAAUGCGGUUGCUCGAAGAAUCAUUUUAUUACAGAGGAGAUUCUUCUGGGGGAAAGAUGACGGACGAUCUAGCAUGGCUCUUGUGAAAUGGGAGGUGAUCCAGGCACCAAAGAAGCUAGGAGGGCUGGGAGUGGGUGAUGUAGUGGUUCGCAACACUGCUUUACUGUUUAAAUGGUGGUGGCGUUUCUCGAAGGAGGACUGUUCGUUGUGGAAGAAGAUUAUUUUAUCAGUGAGAGGGGGUCCAUGGAGAGAUAUAUGUCAUCUACAAAUAAAGGAGCAAGAAGUAAGACAGAAGAUGAUUGAUGGCCUCGCGAUUGAGGUAGGGGAUGGCAGGACUACCAGAUUUUGGGAGGAUACGUGGUUGCAAAUAGGAAAAUUGAAAGACUGUUAUCCGAGGCUCUUCUUCAUUUCGAACCAAAAAGGAUCACCAAUUGGGGAUUGUGGGUUUUGGGAUGGGAUAGAGUGGGUUUGGCAUUUUCAGUGGAGGCGGGAGCUCCGCCAGUGGGAAUCAGAGACUUUAGAUCAGCUGAUGCAUGCCUUGCAAUCUGUUAGGCUGAUAGCAGAAGUGCAAGAUAGAGUGGUGUGA